AUGGCGACAAAUGUUGGUGGUGGAAUGACGUCAUCGGAUGAUUACGAUUACGAUGAUCACUUUGUUGAUCCAUUCGAGAUGAUCUCUUCAUCAGCAUUUCUCAUUCUUGGUGUCACGACGAUUUGGAUCUAUUACCGUAUUGCAAAAUUUCACUAUACAAAUGGCUUCAAAACAAACUUUCAACGAAUUUUCUUCAUCCUCAUUACUAAUGACAUGAUCUCUUUCCUCGCUCAACUCUUUGACGUUCGUUUACCCACUUGGGGCGUUCACGAGUGGUAUUUUUACAUAAAAGAGCCAGGAAUC